UAUCCCUUUCUCUAUCUAAUCCAAUUAAUCUCUACACUCUUCACAGUGAUCACCUCUUCCGCCGAGUCAAAUCCCCAAUCCUCUCCAAAUUCCAACCAUGGCUCCAGGUCCAGUUAUUGACGCAGUCACCGAACCCGAGCUCGACCAGCAACUUCCCUCUGUUGACGAAACUACCCUCAAGAAGAAACCCCAACCCGAGGAGGAUGAUGCUCCAAUUAUUGAGGACGUGAAGGAGGAUGACAAAGAUGAAGAUGACGAUGAUGAGGACGAUGAUGACGAGGAUGAUGAUGACAAGGAAGAUGGCGCUCUAGGUGGUGCUGAUGGUUCAAAACAAAGCAGAAGCGAGAAGAAGAGUCGAAAAGCAAUGCUGAAACUCGGACUGAAACCUGUUACCGGCGUUAGUCGGGUCACAAUCAAGAGAACCAAAAAUAUUCAUUUUUUCAUCUCAAAACCCGAUGUAUUCAAGAGUCCAAAUUCUGAGACCUACAUUAUAUUUGGGGAAGCAAAAAUAGAAGACUUGAGCUCUCAGUUGCAGUCGCAAGCUGCUCAGCAGUUUAGGAUGCCAGAUAUGGGAUCUGUAAUGGCAAAACAAGAACAAGGUGCAAUAGCUGGUGCACAGCCUGAGGAGGAAGAGGAGGUUGAUGAUACUGGUGUGGAGCCCCAUGACAUUGAUUUGGUCAUGACACAAGCAGGAGUUUCCCGGACCAAGGCCGUCAAGGCUCUCAAGACUCACAAUGGAGACAUUGUUGGUGCCAUUAUGGAGCUCACUACUUAAUUGGGUUUUGUUUAAUUGAGCUGUGUUCUAUUUGUAUUUUUUUUUGUGGAAUUAUUUUUGAACUAGUAGUAUCUUUUAAGUUACUGUAGCUACAGACCGUAUCACCUUAUCAAGCGUCUAUAUGUCUAGGUUUACAUAUUUGCCUGAUAAUUUUGUUGCGUUUUACGUUUCCUGGAAAAUCAAGGGGUUAUGUCUA